AAUGCACUUAACAGAGAAACUCGAAGUUUUAUUAAAAAACAAACCGAAUUUGUUAAGGAACUUAAAGCUGCAGUAACAACAAUAAAAAAGAAUACUUAAAAAGACUAUGUACUAGAAAGUAAGUAAAAAUUAAUCAUGCACUAUACUGGUAGUGCAACCCCUUUGAACGCCUUAAUAGGUAUGGAAGACCCAACUUUUAUAAUAAAUAAAGAUCCUCCCGCUGCAUAUAUUACAGGAAAAAAGACUUUUUACGGUCUGGAGUUUACCAUUUCAAAAGACGUUAUGAUACCACGAAAAGGAUCUGAAGUUCUUGUAAAGGCUGCUAUAGUAGAGUCGCUUCAUUUCAAACAUGAGCCAAUCAGAAUAUUAGAUUUAGGGACCGGCAGUGGCUGUAUUUUGCUUUCCAUCCUCCACUAUACCUGCAAUUCUAUUGGAAUCGGAUGUGAUAUUUCUGAAGAAGCCUUGCGUAUUUCUAAAAAGAAUAGCAUAAAGCUCGGUUUGGAGGCGAGAAGUUCAUUUAUAUUAUUGGAUUUCACGAAAAUACACGAAGAAAGCAAAGGAAAUGAAAUAUUUAAUACAUCUUUUGAUAUUAUCGUUUGCAAUCCGCCUUAUCUGGAUGUUUGCAAUAAUCCAAACAUUCAUGAGCCGCUCUCUGCUCUUGUAAUUGGAGGAAAGGGAAUGAAUUGUUAUAUAAAAAUAAGCGAAUCGUUAGAAAAGAGGAGAAAUUCUUUAUUAAAAAAAGGAGGAGUUUUCAUAAUUGAAAUUAGAAAAAAAGUUGGUGUAGCUGAUAUUCUUGAAAAACUUUUUUAUGAGCGAAACGGAUUCACUAUAAAAAAAAGAAUGAGAGACUCGUUCGGGUUCGAACGGGCUCUUGUUUUUGAAAAUAAAUUAAUUUAA